AUGAGUGAAUCAGGUCCGCAAGUGAAGAUUAGAGAGGCAACCAGAGAUAAUGUGGAUUUUAUCCUGUCUGAUGUCGACUUGGCGUUGGCCAACUCUCUGCGUAGGAUAAUGAUUGCCGAGAUUCCGACGUUGGCCAUAGACUCUGUUGAAAUUGAGACAAAUACUACGGUUCUGGCCGAUGAGUUUAUCGCCCACCGGCUGGGGCUGAUUCCUCUCCAAAGUGCGGACAUCGAACAGCUGGAAUACUGUCGCGACUGUUUCUGCGAGGACCAUUGCGACAAAUGUUCGGUGGUAUUGACGCUACACGCGAUUGGCGAGAGUGAAAGUACAACGAACGUAUACGCCAAGGACUUGGUUAUCGUUUCGAAUCUGAUGGGACGCAAUAUAGGGCAUCCCAUCAUACAGGAUAAAGAGGCGAACGGUGUGUUGAUUUGUAAACUGAGGAAGGGCCAAGAGCUGUCGAUGAAGUGUGUGGCAAAGAAGGGCAUAGCGAAGGAGCACGCCAAGUGGGGUCCCGCAGCCGCCAUAGAGUUUGAAUACGACCCAUGGAACAAACUAAAACACACAGACUAUUGGUACGAGCAGGAUAUCGCGAAGGAAUGGCCCGCGUCGAAAAACAGCGAAUACGAAGAUCCACCGAACAAGGACGAUGCAUUUGAUUACACAGCUAAAGCCAACACUUUUUACAUGAACGUUGAAACGGUCGGGUCAAUCAGCUCCGAUCAGGUUGUGCUGAGGGGCAUCGACACACUUCAAAAGAAAGUCGCCUCGAUACUUCUCGCGCUGAAUCAGAUGGACCAGGAUAGGGUUAAUUUUGCCACGGCGGCGCACGCCGGCAUGCCCGGCACUAGCGAGCCGGGCGCCCCGGACGUUGCAAUGGAUGGAAUGCAAGACCAAAUACCCUACGGCAACGGGAGCGGUGCUUACGACGAGGCGUGGUGA